AUGACUUCUAUCGAAGAUGAUUUAUCAAUUUUAGCGACCGAAGAGGAUGAUUCCCCUAAUAGUUUCAAAGGGAAGCGCCGAUCUAAAAGAGAUCUUCAAGGUCGUACCUAUAAAUGCGGCUGCGAAAAAAUGUAUUUGAGUUAUCCAGCUUUAUAUACUCAUAUCAAAACUAAGCAUGAUGGGAUUACUCCGCCAGGGACAGAAACACCUAACUCUAUAGGAAAUAGAGGCAGAGGAAGGCCUCGCAAAAUGCCGAUUGAAAAAGAAGAGAAAAAUGAUAUAAAAGAGAGUUUAGAGGAGAAUCCUUUAGAAGAUUUAGAAAUUCUUGGCGGUCAAACAGACCCUAUAAAUGGAUUUGAUGACCCCAACUCUGAACUGCUGAAUAAGAUAAAAGAAUGAAAAAAUAAACCAGCAGAAGAAUUUUUUGAUAAAGAAAACUUAUCAUGUGACGAUGCAUUUGCGGCCUAUCUUAUAGAAAUUUCUGAAAAUAUAGGAGAAGAUACUUAUAAAAAUUUUAUAUUAUUCUUUGAAAAUUUAAGAAUUUGCCUCAACCUUAGAGGAUACCAACUUCACCUUGACGAAAACUCAGUUAAAAUUUCUAAUUACAGCAAAACUAAAGGCCCAGAAAAAAUUCCAGGAAUUUUCAAUUACUAUAUCCAACAAUACAUGCCUCUAAACUUCCCAUCUUUCAAUAAAAGCAUCGCCAUAAAAAUUUCCCUUCACUUUGACAAAUGGCUUCUUAAAAAUAACUUGACUGACAUGAAAAUUCUUUUAACAGAUGAAAUAAUUAACUAA